GAUUUCUCUAAUUGUAAGCUUGACAAAUCCGGCUCAAAUCCUGCAAUGAGUAGAAGGUGGGAUAAAAAAAAUAAAUUGUUAAAAUUUUGACAAGACAUUCUGUAAUCGUUUAAUUAAUGUUGAACGAUAAAAAAUAACUGACAUAUGUUUUUAUAAUAUUCACUAAAAUUUAAAGAAACCCCUGGGGGAAAUGGAGUUCACCAAGUAUUGCAGUUUAUCGACAAAUGCCGAUCACAAUUAAAUAAGGGUAUGACAUCAGGGAGAAAAAUGAUCCCUGAAAUCAUUAUAAUUUUAGAUAUUUAUCUUUUCCUUAUGCCCUGCUUUCCUGCUAAGCCCCAAUUACGCGAGCCCUUCAGCAAUUUGGAAGAUAAAGAAAUAUCGUUUUUGUUCAAAAGAAAAGAAGAUCAGAUCACUGAUAAAACGACAGUCGAUUAUGAUUGGGUUUGGCCAAACUAUAAUUUGUUAAGAAAAAACAAUUUGAAAAACAAAAGGCAGGACAAGAUACAAGAACUGACUUGUUUUUUUGACAAAUCAUGUCAGAGUGAGAAUGAUUUUGAAAGGCAUAAAGACGAUAAGACGUCUCAAGGGACGACCCUCUCGGGUGAAGCGAUCGAGAAAGAUCAUUUGGAAUCAUUUUUUGACAACAAGAACAUUUUUUUCAUGAGGAAAAUGUCUAACAGCACGAUCAGGAAUGGUUUUAGUGACAAGCAUGAACCCAGUGGUACCAACUGCCCGGUUUUGGUUUGCGCCUUGCUUUCGAGAAUUAAAAGAAACAAAGAAAUAUUCGUCAAAAAAGCGGAAGGAAAUCCGCUUAAACGUGUUCGGGAUUUGAAACUAGAAAAUUUGAAAAUGAAAUCUCGACCCAAAUUAAAAAGUCGAAGAUACGAUUUAAGUUUUCUAGACUUUCCGUUUGAUCUAGAAGGUCAUCGUAUUGAAAAACCAAAACAAGGCAAAUCCAACUAAAUUCAACAAAACUCGU